AUGGAGUUGUUAUUUGGUCGCAAAAAGACGCCAGCCGAGUUACUACGGCAACAUCAACGUGCACUUCAAAAAGCACAACGUGAAAUGGAUCGUGAAAAGGCAAAAUUGGAUAUUGCUGAAAAGAAAUUAAUAGCCGAUAUAAAAAAGUCCGCUAAAGCAAAUCAAAUGAGUGCAUGCAAAAUUAUGGCUAAAGAUCUUGUCAGAACUCGUCGUUACUCUCAAAAAUUCCAAGCAAUGAAAACACAACUUCAAGCUGUUUCAUUACGAAUUCAGCUUGUUGAUACACCUAGUUCAAUUGAGAGAGAGACCACCAAAGAAAAGGUUCCGCAAAUUAUAAAUAUGGAAUCAAAUGAUGAUGCAGCUUUGCAAGCUAGACUUGAUAAUUUGCGAAGAGAAUAG